AUGGCCUCCGCCGCAAAGUACACCCCCGCACCACAGGUCGACCCGGACGACCACGCCGACUACACCCAGGCCCCGCCCUCGUACCAGGCCGACGCCGGCGCCAGUGCCAGCGCCGCCUCGCGCCGCGACGAGGACCUGCUCGCCGGAGGCGUGCCCCGCGGCAGCCUCGACAGCAACGGCGAGGGCGAUGUCCCCGACGACUUCAAGUUCGGCGGCUCCGUCGCCGAGGCCACCAUCGACAUCCGCAACCAGUUCGUCCGCAAGGUCUACGCCAUCCUGACCGUCCAGCUGCUCGUCACCGGCGGCGUCAGCACCAUCUCCUUCAUCAGCGAGGACUACAAGCGAUGGAUCCAGACGCACCCGGCCCUGGUCUGGGUCUCGCUCUUCGGCGCCAUCGCCUUCAUGCUCCUGACCUACUGGAAGCGCAAGUCCUACCCGACCAACCUGCUCUUCCUCUCGGGCUUCACCCUGCUCGAGGCCUACACCGUCUCCGUCAUCGUCUCCUUCUACCAGACCUCCAUCGUCCUCAACGCCGUCCUCCUCACGGGCGGCAUCUUCGUCUUCCUCACCGCCUUCGCCUGCCAGUCCAAGUACGACUUCACCUCGUGGAUGCCCUACCUCUUCGGCGCCCUCUGGGGGCUCGUCCUCUUCGGCUUCAUGGGCAUGUUCUUCCCCUACAGCUCCGUCGGCGAGCUCGUCUACGGCGGGCUCGCCGCCCUCAUCUUCAGCGGCUACAUCCUCGUCGACACCCAGCUCGUCCUGCGAAAGCACCACGUCGAGGAGGAGAUCGCCGCCGCCAUCAGCCUCUACCUCGACGUCAUCAACCUGUUCCUCGCUAUCCUGCGCAUCCUGAACAGCCAGCAGAAUAACUAG